UUUUUAUUUUCCUCGUGUAAUUUAUAUUUGUAUAUUUAUUUUUCUUAAGGAAAUCCCAUUACAAUGUAUCCAUAAUGUCAGUUUCUAGUUUGCACUUCAAUUUUCAGUGUGAAUAAAAAUAUAAACAGCCUAUUUUUGACUAAAGCCAGUCUCAUUGACGUAAGACUAAAGUGAAUCAGUUGCUAAACAUUCUCGACCCUAAUGCCCAUUGUAUUUUAGGAUGAAUUUGUGAAGGAUUAAUAAAAUAGUUUUAAAAAAUCUUUCCUAAAAAAUUAUUUGUAGGAUCUUAACAAAAUAAUUUGACAGGCAGAAUGUAAUACGCAAUUAUUAUUUUGUCUUCGAAACUUCAGUAGUGAGAAAGUUGCUAACUUUGUUUUUCUGUUUGGCUUUACUGGGAUGCUAAAACUCUAAUUUCUGAUAUUUAUUUAGAGGCAUUUUAAGGCAUUUAAUAAUGAUUAAUAAAUAGAACCCAAAUAGAAAGAGAAACGGGUUCAUUGAUUUUUAAUCUUAGCGAGUAGAGUUACCAGACUUACAGCAAAAGGAGGACAUGUUCGUCUAGCAUUGACUUACAGCAAAAGGAGGACAUGUUCGUCUAGCAUUGACUUACAGCAAAAGGAGGACAUGUUCGUCUAGCAUUGACUUACAGCAAUGGCAUUUCAUCCAUAAAUAGAUCCCAGUUCUUCCUAUCUUCUAUUUUUAACACAAAAGCUUACACAUAAAUAGCAGAAACAUGUAUUGCGAUGACCUCUUUCACAAGAAGUAUUUCGUAUCUUUGGGACUGAUAAAAAAAAUGUUAAUCAUAACUCUUCAAAAUCUGUCAUUUUUUCCGGCAAAAUUAACUGUUUAAAGAGCAGAGUGGACAACUGAGAGAAAUAAGACUCUCAUUAGCCCCAGUGAUAGCCUCACUAAGUAAAAUUUCAGGAGGGCCUAGUAGCAAUAUAUUUCUCAAACAAAUUAUUUUUUUUUACACCAGUUCAUCUACGAAAAGAAAAUGCGUGUGAAACUCUUAGCCUGACAUUCUUUUUUCAAAUAGUACUUAGAGGAGGAAAAGCCUUUCCUAAUAUGGAUGGGAAUUAGAUUCGAUUACAUCAACCUGACAGCAAAUAUUGAAAUUAGAAAACAACUUACAUUAAUUUUAAUUUUUAUUUUUGUAACCUAGCUCAUAGAGUAGAUAAUAAAAUUCAAUUUCAAGACAACUUAUCUAUAAUCUUUCAAUGGCGAUAUAUGUGUCAAAUACGUUUUAUCAGAUUAUAAAUCCAAAUCUAGUCUAGUGGUCCCUUCUUGUCGUAAUUACCUUGAUCACAUUACUAUUCUUUUCUUUCAUCUUUCAUACAACACAACAUGUGUUUCAAAAAUGUAAUCAGCAAAUUGAAAAUGUAUACAGCCAAGACAGGUAGUCGUAAUCAAACAAACUCCAAAAUUUUUCAACUUGGUUUUCACCCCCAAAAUGGUGUCGCCUGGUGUGGACUGCACCCCUCGCACCCCCAAGUGAUGCCACUGCUCUAAGAUACGUACCUCUCCCCAACAAUGUCGAUUAAUAUAUUGGAGUAGACGAGCUAGGAAAUUUAAAGAAAAAUGAGCCAGUAACACUAACCGUUUUACCAUGCGAACAGCAUAGUGCACUAUUACCCGCUAUUGGCACUUCUAGGCCUACUAAUCCUGUCCAUUAUCGCUCUUUCCACUUUAUAGAUAUAGACUAAAUCUAGAAUAUAUACUGGGUAGCAAAUCACAAAAUUCUGAAUAAGACCUAUACCAGUUUCAUAAGACCCAUUCUAUAAUAUAGUACCUCAGCGUGAGGCUCAGCAGCCCAAACCAACCUAUGGAAAAUAGACAAGGUUCAAAAUAUUCGUCUAAGUAUCAAUAAUGACAGGAGCAAUCAAAACAACACCCAUAAGAGCUAUGGAGGUAAACUGCUGCCCUGGUCUCUCUGGAGGAAAGAAGAGAAAUACAAAUCCUUUCCCAAUUCACUAAAUUGGAAACCUUAGAGAGACAUCCACUCAAAACUAAAAUCCACAAAACUGGCACUGAAAACACGGACUCUGAAAUCACUAAUUUUAUACAGGAAUAUUUAAACCUAAAAAAGAAAAGCCAACUUGAAAAAAAUAACUAUGGAAUCCACGAAUAAACACAAUGAAUCUCAACGCUAGAACAUAGCGCUCUCAAUCCACUCUAACAGACCGUGUGGAAAAUAGUUCAAAAAUCUGACUACAUUCCAACAGAUCACAAGGAAACAGUGAACACAAUUUUCUACAAACUCAUGACCCUAACAUUCAGUGGAUCAGAGUUUACACGGAUGGGUCAUCGCUUAAAGCUCCACAAAUAGAGGACCUGGAAUAUUUAUUGAAAAAAAACUAGAAAAAUACAUUGCACCUGGAGAGCUCUCUUACAGUCACAGAACAGAAAAGAAAGCACUAGAACUAGCAGCUACUACGCUAGUAAAUCAUCCAAGUACCCCGCAUAGCAAGAUAGUCUUUCUAACCGAUGCGAAAACAAUCCUCCAAAACUUGGAAAACUCUGAUUUCUCAUAUAUAAAACGACUCAGGACACCACUUAUAAAGCUCAACUACAUCAGCAACAAAAAAAAACUGUUAUUCAAUGGAUAUCAGCACAUAUUGAAUUAGAAGGCUGACGCACUUGCCAAGUGUGGGAGAACAAACACACAAUUAAACAUUGCAUUCUAUCCAGAAGAAAUUAGGAAACAAAUAGUGAACAGAAUAUAAGAUAAAUGGACAAGCUCUCAUCCGAAUCGCAAGAAAGAUGACGCCUAUUAUAAGCUAUCCCGACAAGAUAAAUGCGGUACCCGACAAAAUAGCGCCGACAAUAUAGCGCAGAAAAAAAAAAGAUUUCUGUCAUUUUGAAAGAAAUACUUUAGAUAUCGUAAAAUAUGAAUAGAGUCAAUAUGUUUUUGUUUUAAUGUUAUCAUAACUUUUCAGUCAUUUUAGAGGAAACACUUUAGAUAUCUUAGAACAGAAGUAUGCAAACAUUAAUCAAAAAUUAGAAUAAGGUAAAAUGAACAAUUUCAAAAUGUAUCAUUUAUUUACAUUCCAAAAGUGUAUUUUGAAAACAGGCAAAGAUACUUGUUAGAUUUGUACACACACACACAAACCUUCACAAAGUUAAAUUGUAGAAAAUGUCACGUGGAAAUUCCAUCACUGCUUGAACGGGAUCACCACAUUUCAAAAUCCUCUUUUUAGCAAGUUAUGCAUUUUAAACAUUGGUGCAAAAGGGGAAGGAUAUAAAAUGAAAAGUACUCUCGUUCUCUGCAAAUAUGGCAUACUUUCAGAUCGAUUCAUAUUGAAAAAGAUAGAGACAUCAACAAAAAUGAUGCCCAUGACAUUAAAUUACUAAGAAUCCGGUACUUUUAUACACAUCAUAUACAAGUCCGCGCUAUUUUGUCUUGCGCUAUUUCGUCGGGUAAUUUUUGCGCUAUUUUGUUGGCGCUAUUUUGUCGGGUCAUCAGAUAAAAGUCUCAUCUUUCACCUCAGAACUAAACAGAAUGAGACAACAAAUUUUCCGGGAGCUCCAAUUAGAACUAGUGAAAUCUGCCCAUGUGGAGUGUCACCAGAGAAUGCUUUAACAAGAAGCUCGAACAAAGAUACUGGUCCCAAAGCAUCCCUAUAGAAAGAAAGCUAUAUGGAGAGCUCCUUGAUUUGGAAACCACCGCACAGUGCAUCUCAUACAUUGGUCAGUCACCUGAACGCUCCAACAUAAUACUAUGAGAACGAGGAAGAAGAUCAUAGCAUAACAACAUAUCAUUUAUAAAUUAAAUAAUGAAUAUUAAAUAUGCAUAUUAAAAAACAUAAUAAAUUAAAUAUAGUAAGAAGAGCUAUUAAAAUAAAAUAGAUACAUUUACAUAAUGGAAAUAAUAACAUAGCAAGGGCGAAUAUAGCAUAAUAAAAUGGAACGUUACUACACAUGACCAUGCUAGAGACCAUGACUUGUCAUUGAUUAUACAUUGAGAGUGCCCGUCUUAUAGCUCCAGAACAGGCUGGUUUCAGGACUGGAAUAUCGCAAUUACCAAGUUAACAUCUUUGUGCAGAGCGUAGCAGAUAGAGUUUAAAGGACCGAAAGCACAUGCAUAGUCUUCAUUGAUUUAAAAUAGGCAUUUGAUAAAGUAUGUCGGCCUGGUUUGCUUCAUAAGCCGUGGGGGUACGGGGGAAGAACAUAUUACUGAAUCAGAGACUUCCCACAAGAGCGUACAAUAAGAACCAGGAUGUAAGAAGAAGUCUUAGGGAAAAUGAUCCCUCGAGCACGGCCUUCCUCUGGGCUCCGUUCUAUCAUGCAUUUUUUUUCACGGCCUUAUGCAUGACCUACCGGCCCAGCUAAAUACCAAAAGCUGUUAUAUGCUGAUUAUAUUGUCCUUUGGAAAUCCUUAAGGAGCGCAACCACAAUACAGAAAGUGUUGCAAGAAGAUUCCAUACGCUCUGCUCAUACACAUAAAAAUGGAGGCUAGAAAUAAACACUUCCAAGACGGUUUAUUCUCUGUUCAUGCUCGGGACUGACAUUCUCUGGCAACCUUUCCGACUCACCUUCAACGGAGUGGCUCUCAGCAUGGAGAAGUUACCCAAGUACCUUGGUGUAACUUGAGAUCGCAAACUAAAAAUGUGUGAACUACCUUUGCAAGUCUAUGGCUAUAAGACAGCUCUUGAACAGCUUGAUAAGAUACAAUCCAAAGCUCUAAGAUUUGUCUGUGGAACCUUUAGGACAAGUCCAGUAAAUGCAGCUGAAAUAAUGGUUAAUGUAGGUCCAAUAAACCUUUAGGUGAGAACGGUCAAUACUAACUUGCUCUGAUUGGUACAAAAUACUGGAUGAAUACCUCCCAUCUAGAAAACUAGUGGAUGGCUGGAGAUUCACAAGACGGAUGCAGUCUAAUAAUGUUAAAUUAUUAAGCGUUUAACAGUCAAUACUAAUUUCCAGGUAAAUUAUUUACUGAAAAAACAACAACAACAAACUAAAACGUAACAAUCAAUUUCGUUGAACCAUUAUUAAGUAUUCUUUAAUGAUACAACUUUUAAAACAUUUAGUGAAGUUGAUUUUUUCGUGAAAGCUUCCAAAGUAAUUUGUCCAGAAAAGAUGAAAGCAUUCAAAGAAAUAGCGUAAACUAGGAACACUGGCAGAUAGAAUAAAUGACAUUUUUAGUCAGCUUGCAUGAACAAUUAUAAAAUGAAAUAGCUGAUUUUGAAUUCUUUUCAUUGGCUCUGUUGGCUGUAUUCAUAAGGGCCUGUGACAGGAAUUUUAAGAUACAAGAGGAACUACUUGAGCUCUGUUCUAUGCAUAACACUACAACAAGCAAGGAUGUUUUUUGAUAAAUUAUUGGAGGUGAUAUUGUAGUUAAUUUACCUUUGGUAAAGCUAGCUAGUCUAGCAACGGAUGGCGCACCAACCAUUUUGGGGGUUAGAAAUGGUGGUCGUGCUUGCAAAACUAAGAGAGACUGGUGCUCAUUUUCAAUUUGCUCAUUUUCAGUGCAUCGUUCACCAAGAAGUAUUAUUUGCAGAACAAUUACAGUUCCAACAUAAGCUAAGACCAGUUUCAAUUUCUAUCAAUUUUAUUUUAAGCCUUGGCUUAAAUCAACGCCAAUGUUCAAUGUAUCUGGAUUACGUUGGACACUAAUUGGAUUGUGUACAGAAGACCGCUGGCUCUCUUGUCAUAAAGUAUUAAAGAGGUUUUUUGCACUGCUUGAAGAAAUUGUAUUGUUUCUGAACAUAAAAACUGAACCUGUUGAACAUUUCUGUGAUGAGAUGUUUGAAUAGUUAUUUUUGGCUCGUUUAUUAAAGUCUAGGGGUAAUUAAUUUAUUUAUCCCGCUCACAUAUACAAGAUUUUUUGAACAGGCACACGACAUAAUAACAGAAAACCUUAAAAAGGCUGAAACCUUCAAUAAAUAUUUUGUCAACAUUAACAAGUCAAAGCCAAGAAAACAACUGGACCAGGCCUUCAGUAAUAUCUUAAAGAAAGAAGAAAAAGCUCCAACAGUCAACUGUCAGAUCUUUGACACUCCCUUCACUCUACAUGAGCUCAAUACUGCCCUAAAAAGCCUCAAGCCAAGAAAAUCCCCUGGACCCGAUAAAAUAACAAAUGAAAUGAUUCGGGGACUAGGACCACAGGCCCAAAACUGUAUACUUAACUUUAUCAACCAUACAUGGAAAACUGGAGACAUACCACAGGAAUGGAGAACCGCAAACAUAAUACCCAUCUUAAAGAAAAAUAAACCACCUGGAGACCCAAAAAGUUAUAGACCAAUAUCUCUAACAUCCAACAUUGGCUAAAUGGCAGAAAAAAUGAUCAAUAACCGACUUUAUUGGUGGCUAGAAAGUACUUGCUCACUCCACAAUGCACAAGCUGGCUUCAGGAAAGCAAGUAGAACAGAAGACCACCUCUUUCGUUUUAUCCAGGACACAGUAGAAGGGUUUCAUGAAAACAAGCACACUACAGCAGUAUUUAUAGAUUUGCAGCAAGCCUAUGAUAGAGUGUGGAGAAAAGGUCUAUUUUUGAAGAUGAAAAAAAUGGGCAUCCAUGGAAAAAUGUACAGCUGGAUCAGAGCAUUCUUAAAAAACAGAACCAUCCAAACCCGAUUCGAAGGUGCCAUCUCUAGUCAAAAAAGUUUGGAAGAAGGACUACCACAAGGUUCAGCCCUUAGCUGCACUCUUUCUAAUCUUCAUGAAUGACCUCCCGGACCUCAUUUCGGUCAAUAAGGCACUUUAUGAAGACGACCUUUUAAUUUGGACUACAGAGAAAUAUCCAGUGCUGACUAGAUCCAAACUAAAUAGAGCCCUCACAACUAUCUCCACAUAUUCAAAAUUAUGGAAAAUGGAAAUAAACAAAGAAAAGUCAGUUUAUUCAAUCUUUAGCCACAGCAACAAAACAGCAAAAAGAAACUACAUCCUAAAAAUAGACUCUCAGCCAAUAAAUAAAGAAGAAAAUCCAACAUAUCUUGGUGUAAAACUAGACCAAAGACUGUCUCUAAAACACUUUAUGGCAGAUUUAAAAGAAAAGGCAUCACAAAGAUUAAACAUAAUAAAACACCUAGCAGGAACAUCCUGGGGAGCUGAAAAGAAAACCUUAAGACAGUUAUACACUGGAUAUGUCAGAUCUGUAAUGGAUAACUGUCUCUCCAUACAAGUAGCUGCCAACAAAACCUAUCAAUCAUCAUUAGAUACAAUCCAAAACCAAGCCUUGCGGUUAAUUAGUGGAGGUAUGAGAACUACUCCCACAGCAGCCUGUGAGAUAGACUCCAAUAUUGAACCUCUUAAGUUAAGGCGCAACAGAGCAGCAUUAGAAGCUAUUGAGAGAUACAGAAGGUUGGAGGACGAUCAUCCAAAUAAAUUACUAACACAGAGCAAUAGGAAAAACAACCAAAAAAAGCAAAGGACUCUGAUCCAACUUACUGACGAACUAGCCCUAAAACACCACCUACCCAAUAACAGAGAAAAAAUUACCAGGUUUUCAAACAUUACACCCGGACUAAACUACAAACAACCAACCAUCAAAACACAUUUACUAAAUAACACCUUAACAAAAGAAUCAAAUCCACUGGAGCUCAAAGCAGGCACGCUUGAAACAAUCGAAAGCUAUCAAAAAACAGCUAUCCAUAUUUAUACAGAUGGAUCGGCUUUCAAAGCUACCAUCAAUGCUGGUCUUGGCGCCUUCCUGGUCUUCCCUAAAAAUAAACACUUCGAAAUAAGUGCACCCUGUGGUGAUUACUGCUCAAACUUCCAAGCCGAAAUUGAGGCAAUUACCAUAGCACUCCAGACAGUGGAAAACAAAUUAUAUGAAGGAGUGCAACCACCAUCAGAUAUUGUUGUCUUUACAGACUCCCAAUCUACUCUGCAAGCACUUAACAGCAGCACCUCAAACAGCCCAAGAGAGUUGACAACACUCAUUGUGAUAAUCCACCAGAUGAUAUCAAAAUUAAAUAUCAAUAUUACACUACAGUUGAUCCCUGGACACAUUGGCAUCAUGGGAAAUGAAAAGGCAGAUAAGCUAUCAAAGGCAGGUUCAACUAUGGAACAACCAGAUAGACCUGUUAACUACCUCACCCUAAGGUCAAUGUUAGUCAACAAUCACAAAGAGGAGUGGCUCAACCAAUGGGCAUCAGGAAACACAGGCAGAGCCAUGUACAGAGAAAUGACUACGCCUAACAAACUGGACAGUAUUAACUUCCUCCCCGCAAAGAACAAUCUACAAUCUCCCAACUAAGAACAGGACACACACCACUAUUAAAUUACCACCUGAACAAAAUAAACUCCACAGACAUUGCGCCCACCCCUUUGAAACCGUAAACCAUAUCCUCUUUGAAUGCCCCUCCCUAAUCCACCUUAGGCAGACCCUACUUCCACUACAGCCCAUCAUAACCAACACCCUGUACGGCAGUGCUGAACAACUGAAGAAAACAGCACACUUUUUUUCCUUGGCACAUUCUGCAAAAGAGCUCACAGCUCAGCAGCAAUAAAGCUGGCUAGAAGAAGAAGAAGAAGAACAGGCACACCGCAACUAACAGUAAGAACAGACCAGUAUAUUAAAUUUAUUGAUUAAAACAAUUUAAUGAAUAAAAAGUUACACAAGAUAAUUUGAUAAAAAAAAUAUAAUCGAGAAAUGAAAUGGGUGUAAUAUCUAAAAUAAUUACUCAUCAUAGAUAGCUAAUUAAUUAUUAAUAAUCUUAUAUUCUUAGAUGCUAGCCUGUUGGGUUUUUCUCUCGCGGUCGUAGGACUGUCACUCAGAAAGAUGAGUCAUACGGCUCUGUCUUAGGACGUCGGCUUCGGAUGUCCCCUAUGCUGUAGGCAAGCUGGCUCUAGGGUUAGGCCACUGCCUGUUUAGCAGUAGAGAGGGUUGAUGCUGCAGACUAAGUUUGUAGUAGUAGUAGAUCUCUCAGCUAUGGUUUCUAGCUCAUAGAUGGCCGUGCUAAAUCACACCAGUUUAUUUCCUGUAGCUAAGGUUACUUUAAGCUAUCGGCAGUGGGCAGUAGCUAUUGGGCAGUGGACAGUUUGGGCCGUUACAGAUACAGCUACCAGGCUGGGGAUAUGAUAGACAAUUAGGAAUCUCCUAAAGGCAUUGAAUAGAGAUUCUCAUAUGCCUUGCAAUCAUUCAGGUGCAGGCAUUGGUAUCAAUCCCAACAAGGCAUUUAAAACAAUUAAGGCAUGAGAUCUUAAAACACAUAAAACUCAAUGAUAAGCAAAAUACAAGGGAGUUAACCACAAUAGAUGUGUUAUCAUACAAUGUAGGAUGAUACUAGUCAAGAUUCAUCCAUUAUACGUGAUUACGUCGAUAAGUAAUCAGUUAUAGUAAAAUGGGGAAUGAACAUAGUAUACUAAAGGAUAAGAUGAAAAUAAAGUACUAGGGAUAGAGCUACAAUAAUAAGGGUUUGAUAUGAUUAAUCGAAAUUAUAUUCAUCCAAGGAACUAAAAGUUCACAAGGGUGUGCGACAUAAUAAUAUUUAUGAGGGAUAUAAUAGGAAUGUAAAAUAGUCAAUUUCAAAUGCGCACUGUAAAUUUAGAGCAGGUGUUCUAUGUUCUUAGGCAACACUUAGAUUCAUGAAAGCUUAUCGUACACAAUAAAAUAAAAAAAUAAAAUAAAAUAAAUCAAAUAUACUGCGGUUACAAAUGUAGUCAACCGUAGCGGCAUUAAUAAUGCUAUAUGAAGAUAUAGCAUCGACAUAAAAUAGUAAAAUGUACAUACGUAAUAAAGUCAUAAUGUAAUGACGGGGGGGAGGGGGAGGGGGAGAGAAGGUGUGAAUAGCUAUUAAGCCGCUGUGUGUAGCGCUGGUGCAGCGACUAUUGUGUGCUGGUCACCUGUACAGCGGUCAAUAAUAAAAACUUAGCCCUAGAGAAGCUAGUUUAUGUUUUACGUCGAGUUUUGUCCCGUGAGAGCCAGUACCUUUGUCUAGACGAACGAGGGAUAGAUCAUACAAGAAUUUAGUUAUGGGUGGACAAGGAAAUAAUUAUUAAUAAUAAGUUAAACAUAAAAGUUUCUCACAGUUUGCUGGGAAAACUCAAAUGUACUUUGUAUGCAAGUUUCGUAUUGUCACAAUUUCCAAACUGACGAAUGGGUACAGGAUUUGUCAUUAGCAGUUGAUCUCACUGGUCACCUGCAAGACUUCCAACUUUAAGUUAAAGACAAAAUUGUCGCAACUGCCUGUGAUGAUGUUAAGUUCUUUCAAGCAAAGUUACGAUUGUAGAUAAACCAAAUAUCAAGAGAAAACAUUGUUCACUUCUCAACGUGUCAGGAACUAAAAAGCCCAGUGCCAUUUUUGCUGAAAAUGAUGGGUCGGCUUCAAUACACGGGAAGAGCAGGCUAUGGAGCCUACAUUCAGUUUUUUUGGCUCUGACUCAGUUAAAAUCUUUGGACCAUGUGGUUGUCUUUGCAGUUGGCUCUGACUCAGUUAAAAUCUUUGGACCAUGUGGUUGUCUUUGCAGUUGGCUCUGACUCGGUUAAAAUCUGUAGUGUUUGCAGUUUUGAUGCGGAGGCCAUUGCGAUCUGUAAAGCCGUAAAAGUUAGGGUUAUUGACUUCAACUCGGAGAGUGACAUUUAAGAUUAACACAGAUUGUUGUGGUCACUGACUUAAAACCUGUACUACAGACUUUGCAAAGCCCUGGACCAUGCUACAAUAUUGACACUGUCAACAUGGCUUCACACAAUAUAAAUCAACGCUAUGGCACUCCUGCAACAAUGCAGUGGGUACCGAGACAUAUAGGUGUGACUGGCAACACCAUUGCUGACUCUUUGGCCCAUCAAGGAGGGCUAACACCACCUACCGUGCAUUCGGUGAGUUUUCAUCAUGCUCUGGCAACAAUCCCC